UUCCGCUCAGCGUUGCUGUUGUGAUUUCUUUGAUGACGAGCUUUAAUUUUGAUCUCAACAAUGACUGUUCACCUUUCUCUAGAAGCCUCUAAGCUAUGGAGAAAAAUAUGCGUCGAAGCGUCCAUAGAAGUUUCGCUUCUUGCCGGAAGCUGGAAAUAUAUCCUUGCUGGCGUUGUUUUUCAGUAUAUCCAUGGUGUGGCUGCUCAAGGAAUUCAUUAUUUGCACCGGCCCGGGCCAACACUCCAGGAUACUGGAUACUUUCUUCUUCAAGAGCUCGGUGAAGACAAAGCUUAUGUUAGCGAGACUGUUUUCUCCCUCAUAUUUUUUUCUUUUGUGCUGGUAAGUAAUAUAGCUUUGUUCUUACUAACGAUUAUGUUACUGUUAUGUUAAUGAUUUGAC